AUGAAUCUCCGACCUCUUAAGGACCAUCGGGCCCUCCCCGACGGUCUUCGUAAAGCUUAUCUUUAUGGUCGUUUUUGCCAGCAUUAUUUUCACCAACGUUUUACUCUCAACCACAAGAUCCCCCAUGAAUUCGACGAGAUCGACCUUGCCAUCAAGAGCGAGCUCAUCCACAUAGUGGAGGUCAUCUUCCAGGCCCUCGAUAAUCCAUGUAUGUUUUCCCACGUCUUCAUCAUCUACAAUCCCUCAUCUUUCUAUGAAGAUCACCUGGCCUGGUCUCUCGAACGCUAUGCCUUCGCAUUCAUGGAGGACGCGGACGUCGACAGCGAGGAAGAGUUCCGCGCCAACUUCCCCCCACUAGAUUCUCAAUUCAACAUCUCCCCCUCAGUGUAUCUCGACUCCAGAAAUAUCCCUGUCGCGUGGCACUUUCCAGGGAUGAUCCAAGCCCACCGAUUGGCUCGCAUCUGUGACGCAAUAGGCAAUGCACGUGUUCGUGGACGCUCCCCCUUUAUCACCUCUCCUGAUGGUACUUGGAGGAACCAUGAUUCCCUAUUCCGAGAGUCAGAGGCCUUUCCUCGUGGCAUGGUGGAUCUAUUCCCGUUAGGGUUUACUGAUGGUGACAAGGUUCUUCCUCAACCCUCGCCGGUCUUUACGAGUCCCCAGUUCGCUGGCGCUUCCCUUCUUUCUGAUCUCGAAGACAGUCUUCCAAUCCUAGGGGCUGUAUUCGCCGUCGUGCAGCCCACCCUUUUCUUCCUGGGCCUUGACGUUUACGAGAAAGUCUAUCGCAAGGAGGUUCCAGGAGUGGAACAGUCCUGGACCCUUCGCGACCUGCUCGAUCUUUGGGGCGCUCCAUUCACCAACUUACAGGUAUAUUGCAAUCACGACUCUCCCCUUCACCAUGAUCCCCGUACACCGACUUUUGCUUUCGAGAGUUUCCUAUCCGUCGGGUUCUCUCGUACCAACCGCUUUUCCCUCACUGAUAUAGGACACACCUUCCCGUUCAACCCCGGUACCGUCAUCCUGACCUUUCCAGCCUUGGUUACGCAUGGCUGGACCAGUCAUCCCGACAACUCCUUCGCGACCGUCGUUGGUAGCUACCCUGAGAUUGUUCGAUGGCUUAGGUUAAAUUCUUAA